AUGGCCGAAGGCGGGGCGAGCAAAGAUGGUGGUGAAGAGCCCGGGAAGCGGCCAGAGCCGGCAGAGGAGGAAUCCCAGGUUUUGCAUGGAACUGGCCACUGUAAGUGGUUCAACGUGCGAAUGGGAUUCGGAUUCCUCUCCAUGAUAAACCGAGAGGGAAGUCCCUUGGAUAUUCCAGUCGAUGUAUUUGUACACCAAAGCAAAUUGUUUAUGGAAGGAUUUAGAAGCCUAAAAGAAGGAGAACCAGUGGAAUUCACGUUUAAGAAAUCUUCCAAAGGCCUUAAAUCAAUACGGGUAACAGGACCCGGUGGGAGCCCCUGCUUAGGAAGCGAAAGAAGACCCAAAGGGAAGACACUGCAAAAAAGAAAACCAAAGGGAAAUAGGUGCUAUAACUGUGGUGGCCUUGAUCAUCAUGCUAAAGAAUGCAGUCUACCUCCUCAGCCAAAGAAGUGCCAUUACUGUCAGAGCAUCACGCACAUGGUGGUGAACUGCCCGCAUAAAACUAUUGCACAGCCGCCCGCCAGCUCUCAGGGAAGACAGCAAGCAGAAUCACGGCCAUGUUGUACUUCAACUCUGCCUAGAGAAGUCGGGGGAGGCCAUGGCUCUACAUCACCACCAUUUUCUUAGGAGGCACAGUCAGAGAUAGCAGAACAGCUGGGCAGGUCACUUCAAGAAAAUUCCUCCACGAAGUCAUCUGCAGCACCAGAGGAACAAAGCAUAAAGGGGCCUUCGGUUCAAAAAAUGAAGAAGACUUAA